CUUCACUGCUCAACAAUGGCUGCCGACAAGAAACGCCGCCUCAAGAUCCUGCGAUCGUAUGCCCCGGACUGGAUCCUCACUAUCGCUCUUGCCGUCGUCUUCUUCUCCCUCAACGUCGUCCAUGGCUACCGGCGCGAGUUCUCCGUUGAAGACAAGACUAUCAGCUUUCCCUUCGCCGUGCAUGAACGUGUGCCGAACAUCGCGCUCUACUUCAUCGCCAUCGUAUCCCCCAUCGUCAUCCAAGCCACCGUCAACCUCCUCACCGUGCGCUCCUUCUGGGACUUCCACAACAGCACCCUCGGCCUCAUCCUAGGCCUCGUCAUCACCGGCGCCGUUACGCAGUUCACCAAGAUCACCGUCGGCCGCCCGCGCCCGGACCUCCUCUCCCGGUGCAUGCCCAUCACAGGCACCGCAGACCCGACGUACGGGCUCGUGUCCGACGCGGUGUGCACGAACACGAACGAGAAGAUCAUGAUCGACGGGUGGAGGAGCUUUCCGAGCGGGCAUGCGAGUCUGUCGUUCGCGGGGCUUGGGUUCUUGUCGUUCUAUCUCGCUGGGAAACUCCACUUGUUCGAUACUCGGGGCCACGCUCCCAAAGCAUGGAUCGCAAUCACACCCCUCUUCGGCGCCGCCCUCGUCGCCAUCUCACGUACAAUGGACUCGCGCCACCACUGGCAAGACGUAACAGUCGGCUCCCUCCUCGGCCUCAUCGUCUCCUAUUUCUCCUACCGCCAAUACUUCCCGCACCUCGCCGCGCCCACCUCGCACCGCCCGCAUUCGCCGCGCGUGCCGCACGACGCCGACGACCAUACAGAUGGGAUUCUCCCCACGCACGUGCACCCCGCGCACAGCCGGCCUGCGGCGGGCCACGCGCCGCCGCAGCACUACAGGGACAGCUCGGGCGAGCAGCUCGAGUUGCUGGACGGGACGGUGCAGAAGGCGCAGCCGCCGGCGUUGCGGGAUAUGUGGCAUGCGGGGGAGGACAGGGAUGCGCGGGGGCGCGGGGGGAGUCAGGACUCUUCGGUGCAUACCUGAGUUGGCGGUUAUGUUUGUUGACUGGACGAUGUGUACUGUAUAUAUGACCAGCGGACGAUUGAUACCUAUGGCGGGGUGGCUUAUGCCCUCAUUUGACGGUUGAUGGAGUGCGGGGUUCUCAAGCUCUGCGAACUGCAUCACGCAUGAAAAGGGUAUUGCACCGUAAAAUCAAUACAAAAUGAAAAAUGGC